CGACUAUAAUGUCGACUAUAGAGUCGACUAUAAUGUCGACUAUAGCAUCGACUAUAAUGUCGACUAUAAAGUCGACUAUAAUGACGACUAUAAUGUCGGCUAUAGAGUCGACUAUAAUGUCGGCUAUAGAGUCGCCUAUAGAGUCGACUAUAAUGUCGCCUAUAGCGCCAACUACAAUGUCGCCUAUAACGCCGACUAUAAAAUCUAUUAUAGAGAUAAAGACUCGACUAUAGUGUCUACUAUAGAGAACACUAUAUUGCCGUCUAAAUAGUCGACUAUAGAGUCAACUAAAAUAUCGUCUUAGAGUCAAUUAUAAAGUUUACAUAUAGUGUCUACUAAAGGAUCAACAAUACAUUCGACUAUAAACGUGAAUAUAAAGUAGGCUCUAGAGUCGACUAACAAGAUGCAGCACGGUUUUCCGUUCGACUCCAAAUCCUCCCAUCUUUUCAAAACACUAAUUCUUUAACAAAAACACCUAGUAAAUUACAUAACAGAGGGUUAAUUUAAAUGACAAUAGGCGAUUGAAGCGUUAAAAUAGAAGUGACGUAUUAUGCCACAAUGGCGUAUACGUAAUAUCAUUUGGGGUCUUUGACAACAAAAAAAUAAUAAAAACUGUUGCAAAGUAAGCUAACUGUUAGCGAGCUACAUGUGCUCGUAAAUAAAGUUAAAUGGUGGCAAAAGUCGACAAGAGUUUAAAAGAGUUCGUUAGACUGGGAAUUUAAAAAAAAAGAAAGAAAAACAUUUCAUUUUUUGUUAAAUGUUGUAACAGCUUCAGAGAAAACAGCUGCAGCAGCAAUAGUACAAAAAAAAAAACACCUCAACAACAUAUCACAACAACAACAAGAUAGACAGCAACAGACAGCUAACAACAAUAGCAGCAAUAAGAGCUUGCUAAGCAUGUACUACAACUACAACUUACUAACUUUUUACUACAUCUGUAUGUACAAUAUGUACAUUUAUUUUAUUUUAAGCCAAAAGCCAGUAAAAUUGUAUUGUACAUUAUUUGUGUGAUGAUGUUUGUCUUUAUGAAUCCGAAUUAGUUUGUUUGAUCGUCGAUUUUUUCAUUUUUGGCUGGGGGUAUAAAUCGAAUCUGGAUUCGAACCAUAAUCACAGUCAAAGCCAAUACGUCUUAGAGCAACGUACUCUAAGCCCAAAAAGCAGUUAAACCAAAAAAAAAAAUAUAAAAUAAUAAAUUAAUUAAAAGAAAACUAAACUAAAUAAAAGAAAAAUCGCGUGUUAAGGAAAUAUUCCAGUGGAAUCUAUAACACAUAUUUAACAUAAUAGAAAGUUAAAUUUAGCAAAAAAAAAAAAAAAAACAACAAACAAUAUGAUGAAAUUCAUUAUUCUGUGCUCUUUUAUUGUGGCCGCUACCGCUGCCUUAAAAAUCCAUGAUUAUCAUGGUCAUGGUGGUCAUCAAGAAUACGAACACAUUGAAUAUGCCAAACAUGAAGAACCCGAACAUACCGAAGAAACAGAACUUCAUCAUGAAGUUGAACACAAACAUGCCACAUCACACCAAAGUGUUAAGUUGCACCACUAUCAUGCUGUGCCCGUGUACAUCAAGAAGGAAGAUCAACAUUUGGUCAAGAAACCCAUUGAAAUUGGAGGCACUAAACAAAAAUUGAAACUUCUCCAUCCCGAAACUGAAAAGAACCAUAAUCAUGGUUUAGUUUUGGAAGAACACAGUGAAUCGAAAUUCCAUGAACAUGGUCACUACGAAGAACCCAAACACUAUGAACAUUAUCAUCAUCAUGAAUAAAUUGUAAUUGAAAAAAAAAAAAAACACAAAUUAGAAAUAAUGUUCCUUCUUGAGUUUAGCAGCAGCAAGAGGAAAAAGAUCUAAAUAUCUAGCUACAAAAUUGCCAAAUUAUUCCCUAAUGUUCUAGAGUUUGAAAUAUAUAUAUAAGACUAUAAUUAUUGCUAAAAAUAAUAUACCUUAAUUUUUGUUGUAAAAUAUACAUGUAAAUAUGUAUGUAAAUGCAUAUUGUGUAAUUAAUUUAAGUUUUUCCUUGUAAUUUUUUUUAAUAAAUAAAAUAAUUUAAAAAAAGAAAUGCAAAUUAGUUUCACUGUGUCUGCCAUGAAAUUGGCAAAAAAAAUAUUUAUUGUAUUAAAAACCCAUAAACCUACAUAAUACAUAUAUAUAUACAUAUGUAUUAUGUAUGUAGAUAACAAACAUAUGCAGGAAAAGUAACAGGUGAACAGAAAUGCAAUAUCAUGCAAUAGCUUGGAAAUGCUUUUUAUUUAAAUACAAAAUAUGUGCGUGAUUAUGUGCUAUAUAAGAGGUAUUCACUCUUCAAAGCAGACAUCAGAAGAAGUAGAAGGAAAGCUUUUCCUUGCUUAAACAUAUUAGAGUUCUAUAUUCUUAUAGAGCACCUUUCACCAUAGUGUUAUACAUAUGUAUUUUAUUCUCUAAAACAAUACUUUGUGUGUUUGAUUCAAAAAGUACUAGUUGAAGAACGAAUCAUAGAUGAAUCAAACAACUUUAUGGAUCGAUCAAUAGCAACUGAACCUCAGUUGAAUUGUCUGUUGCCAAAAUGAAAUUACAGAUGGAUACUGGCAACCGACAGCUGUUAAUUUCAGUUGCCAAAUUGGCAAUUAGAAAUUUGUAGUUGCUGAGAGAUGGGUUUUGAAGCAAAUUUGUGGAAUUUUUAUCAAUUUUAUGCUUAAAUAGUGUUGAUGCAUGGGGUCCGUGUUAUUUUUAAGAUAUACAUAUUAUAUUGAGUUUAUACAUUUCCAGAAGCUUUUUAAAUUGACUUACCUUGACUUUUGAAAUAAGAAUCAGAAAUCAGAAUCCUAAGAACUCCAGAUAUCCUUAAACUAACCCGAACUAUGGCAUGACUUGGGGAUUUAAAUUUAGGUUCUGCAGAGCACAUUAUGUAUCUGUUAUAGCCAAGCCUGCAGCUCUAUAAAUUGAAGUGGUUGGGUUAUCAUUUCCAUCGCUGGUUUAUAGCCUCAAUGGAGUGGAUGCGUGUAUACACUUCAGAACACUUCACUUCUGAAUUUAUUUAAUAUUUUUUCACAAUUGAACUUUAAUUUAAAAUUCUAUUCAUAUUUUUUAUUGUUUGUUUACAUUUUUUUUUAUUCUGUCAAAAUAGCAACAGAUGACACAAUAUCGAUAACCUUUUGGCAACUAACGAAAGUUGUGCUGACUGCUCUGUAAAGGCCCAAAUAGACUACACAAGCGGCUUAUCAAACAUACUUCUUGCAUUCGCACACACACUACACAAACAUUGCUCGUACAAACACCGAUUUUUUCACGUUUUUGUGGACUUUCAAAGAUACAGAUCUCAAUUUUUCUUAGAAAUGUAAAUUUUUUGAAAAAUUUGUUAUUAAUGAAUAUAAACCAUACAAAUGGUUUGACAAAAAUUCAAUAUGUUUGUGUAAAAAUCAAAAUUU